AUGGUUCGCAAACGAGCAUUCGAGGCCAAGCUGAAAGGCAUCUCCGAUGAACGCGAGGCAUCUCGUCGCGCUUCUACAUUGGAAUUGCAGACGGGCACUCCAGAUAUUUCAUCAGACGCCUGCUCUCCCAGCAACACUCAGCAAUUACCAAUCGACACACCCCAUUUAAAAGAUAAAACGACCACUGUCGAUGUGCACAGAACUCCAGCGGAACCGUCUUCCCACGAUGAGGUGCAAUGGCUAGACGACGAUCAGAUCACGGUAGCAGAUAUUUACACUCGACACCAUCGUCACCAGCUCUUCCCUAUGGCUGGCGUCGGAGCCCGUCCUGAUCUGCACAACCACCCACGCGAUGCCAACCCCAUGCCUCUGUAUGCCGAACCAACAAGUUUCAGAUUCAAGGGUAUCAUUCGUGGCACGCAGAAAUACUUCUCUUUGAAGGGAAAGAUCUCUCGAAACUCCCAAUUCCACGGCUUAACAUCUGCCGAACGAGAAGAACUCGGCGGCGUCGAGUACAAGGCCGUCUCCUUUCUUUCGGUCAUCGUCUCCCUCUACUUUGUCAUGUUCCUUCUUCUCGGCAUCAUCGGUGUCGGCGGAUGGCUGGAAGCAAACCAUCCUGAGGUCACUCGUUCCAAUGGAUUGUCGCCAUUCUGGACUGGCGCUUUUUUCGCUGUCUCGGCUUUUGUGAAUAGCGGCAUGUCUCUUCUAGAUAAGAACAUGACUGCAUUACAACUGAACGCUUAUCCUCUCCUUACACUUGGCAUGCUUAUUCUUGCUGGAAAUACGCUUUACCCGUGCUUCCUGCGUUUCAUCGUCUGGGUCAUGCGGAUGGUGCUACCGAAUGGACCAGCCUGGAAAUCCUGGAGACUCACAUUGGACUUCAUUCUGGAGCACCCACGAAGGGUCUAUACCAACUUGUUUCCGGCCCGACAUACGUGGUACCUCCUCGGCACAAUUAUCAUCCUCAACGGCAUCGACUGGGCCGGCUUUGAACUGCUUUCAGUUGGAAACAAAGAGAUCGAGGCUCUGCCAUCUGAGUACCGAGUCCUAGAUGGACUGUUUCAGGCACUUGCCGUCCGCGCCGGUGGUUUCUACGUCGUUACGAUUGCCGAUCUCCGGCAGGGUCUAUUGGUUUUGUACGUCCUCAUGAUGUACGUCUCCGCAUUUCCAGUGUUGGUCACCAUACGCAACACAAACGUCUAUGAAGAGCGCUCUCUGGGAAUCUACGCCAACGACAAAACCGACGAGCCGGCAAAUACAUGCCGCAGCAACGUCCUCAUGGAUCUCAUCCGACACCACCUCGGUCGUCCUACCCUCAACGAGACCUCUCGCGGUUACUUCGUUCACCAGCAACUACGCUCACAGCUAAGCCACGACAUCUGGUGGAUCGCACUGGCCGUGCUCUUCAUUGCGAUCGCAGAGUCAGACCAUUACCAAGAUCAACCGGUGGCAUUUGCAACCUUCAAUAUUAUGUUCGAGGUUGUCUCCGCGUACGGCUGUGUCGGAGUGAGUAUCGGGUACUCAGGCAAGAACUACUCGUUCUGCGGGGCCUGGCAUACAAUCAGCAAAUUGAUUCUUGCGACUGUUGCGUUGCGCGGACGCCAUCGUGGUCUCCCUGUUGCUAUUGAUAAGGCAGUUAUGUUGCCUAGUGAGUCGUUGGCCUGGGCGGAGGAGGAAGAUGCUGCGAUGAGGAGGGAACAGACCAGGGCCUGGGGACAGGAUAGGAUGCCUGUUGGAUCUGUUUAG